AUGCACCAAAUGCUGGAGGAACUCAACACGCUAGGCAUCGUCUAUGGAAAUGAAUCUGAUGUUUCCUCUUCAGGUUCCUGCAUCAUCUCUGGAGACCCUCAUUAUAUCACCUUCGACAACAGGAAGUUCACUUUCCUGGGAACAUGUACUUAUACCCUUACCAGGACUUGCCAGAAAGGCUCAGGUCCCUGGUUCACAAUCGAGGGGAAGAAUGAAGAGAGGGGGCUUCCAGGAGCGACUUACCUGAGGAAAGUCUAUGUCACCAUUGACGGCGUCACCAUCACCCUGAUGAAGAACAGGAGGAUUCUGGUGGACCAGAAAAGGAUUCGCCUGCCGAAAACCGUGGGGCGCGCCCACCUCUCUCAAUCCGGCCAGUAUGUGGUUGUCAACACCGACUUUGGGCUACAGUUGCAAUACGACGGGAACCACUUUGUGAAGAUACAGAUCCCGAGCUCCUACAAGGGGAAGAUGUGUGGUCUCUGCGGGGACUUCAACGAUAACCAGAGUGAUGACUACCGAAAGCCGGACGGCACAAUGGCAGCAAAUGAUAAGGUGUUCGGAGACAGCUGGAAGACAAAGGACGACGAGGAGGACAGGUGUCAAUCGAUCGACCCUAUUCCGUGCAAGGACGAGAUCUACGACAAGGUGAUCGGGUCUGACCAGUGUGGUCUCAUUACUGACCCAAAGGGACCAUUCAGAGACUGUAUCCAUGUCGUGGAUCCCAAACCCUACUUUGACAGCUGCGUGUAUGACCUGUGCCAGUUCCAGGGGCUCCAAGGCCCCCUCUGUGACCAGCUGCAAGCCUACACAGAUGCUUGCCACUCUGCAGGGGCAACCGUGCACAACUGGCGAACACCCGGCUUCUGUGAUCCGUACUGCCCGCCCAACUCACACUACGAUCUCUGCAUCAGCCAGUGCCCUGCCACCUGCAUCCAGCCCGGCGGGGGCGGGUGCUCGAGCAAGUGCAUAGAGGGGUGCGCGUGCAACCCAGGGUACGUCCUCAGUGACAGCGAGUGCGUCCCUCUCUUUGACUGUGGCUGCACCGACCAGCAGGGUGACUAUCACAUGAUCAACGAGUCCUGGUACCUGCCCGGAUGUUCAAAAGUCUGCACCUGCGUCAGCCCCAAACACCUGGAAUGUCAGGAAACCAAGUGCUCAGAUUCGGAACAGUGCAGUCUGCAGGAUGGGGUCUACGGCUGUCAUCCCAAAGGCCAGGAGACAUGCUCUGCUUCAGGGGACCCGCACUACAAGACAUUCGACAAGGUCUACUACGACUUCAUGGGCAAUUGUACCUAUACCUUCUCCAAGCCCUGCAGCCCCAUCCCAGACCUGCCAAACUUCAACGUGGAAACCAGCAAUGAGCACCGAGGAAGGAACACCCGGGUCUCCUACGUCAAAGCUGUCCACGUGGAGGUCUACGGCGUCCGCGUCACCUUGGCAAAGGGACGACGCGUCAUCGUGGAUGGGAAGUUGGUGAACCCCCCCAUCUUCCUGAAAGGCCAGCUGCAGAUCCGCAUCAGUGGGGGCUACAUCUCGCUGGAGACCGCGUUCGGCCUGAGGGUGCGCUACGACGGGAACCACCGUGUUGACGUCACCGUCCCAUCAUCCUACGCGGGACACCUCUGCGGUCUCUGUGGGAACUACAACGGGCUCCCAGCCGAUGACAAGCGCAUGCCUGACGGUCAGGACGCUGACAGCUUUGAAGAUCUAGGAGCCAGCUGGCUGGUGCCAGGAACCCCGACACAGUGCACACACGACCAACCCCCUCAGGACUGUGACAACGACAAAUUCAAGGAGUCCUGGAACUGCGGAUUCAUCAAAGACCCGAAAGGUCCUUUCCAGGAGUGCAAUAAACGCAUCCCUGUGGAGCAGUACUUCAAGGACUGUGUGUACGACAUGUCAUGCGGACCGCACGACGAGGCGGUGUCUCUGUGCUUUGCCCUGCAGGCCUACGCGGACGCCUGUGCCCAGGCCGGCGUUUCUGUCAGCUGGCGGAACAAGACCUUCUGCCCUCUCAGCUGUCCGGCUGGCAGUCACUACGAGCCCUGCACCAGCGCGUGCCCCGCGUCCUGCAAUGACCUGUCAGCCCCCAACGACUGCUCCCACCCCUGCGUCGAGGGCUGUGCCUGCAACCCGGGCUACGUGCUGAGUGGGGACAGGUGUGUGCCGUUUGAACGGUGCGGCUGCGUGGACCCAGGGAGGAGCUACCGCCAGAUGGGAGAGAGCUGGUUCCCCAACAUGAACUGUACAGAACGCUGCACUUGUAACAGCCCGAACAACAUAACCUGUGAGCUCUGGCAGUGCGGGCCCUUGGAAAAGUGCGAGGUACAAAACGGGGUCCUGGCAUGUUACGCGUUAGGCUCUACCUCCUGCCACGUGUCCGGCGACCCCCACUACUACACCUUUGACAAAGCCAUGCACACCUUCAUGGGGACAUGCACCUACACGCUAGUCUCCAUCUGCAAUGCCACCAUGGUCACCCCGUUCACCAUCAGCGCCAAGAACGAGGAGCGGGGGCUGAGGUACGCCUCCUACCUCAGCCAGAUCUACAUUGACGUCCUCGGGCUGCAGGUCACCCUGCAGAAAAGUGGGCGGAUCAAGCUGGAUGACAUGAGGAUCAGGACACCUUUCGAGGAUGAAGAGAAGGGCGUCAGCAUCUACACCACUGGCAUCUACACCGUCCUGGAGACCAAGUUCGGGCUGAUGGUCAGGUUCGAUGGCAACCACCACCUCGAGAUUAAGCUGCCAAAUACAUACUACAGGAAGGUGUGCGGGAUGUGUGGCAACUUCAACGACGACAUCACCGACGAACUGCUCAUGCCCAACGGUCUGCUGGCAAAGAACGUCCCUCAGUUCGGAAACAGCUGGCAGGUCAGAGACAGCGACGACGACGAUGACGACGACGACGACGAUGACUCUCGGUGCUAUUCUGAUGACAGGGAUGACCUGAGCCCCCCCUGCAUGGCCGGGGAGGAGUCAAAGCUGAGGUCCCAGUGUGGGGAGCUGCUCUCGGCCAAGUACAGCAAGUGCCACCACAUCGUCGACCCCACCCCCUUCAUCGAGAACUGCGUCUUCGACCUCUGCACCUAUGGCGGGAUGGUCUCCGCCCUCUGCGACAACAUCCAGUCCUACGUCGAGGUGUGCAAGAGCGAGGGUGUUGGCAUCGAGUGGAGGAACAACACCUUCUGCCGUGAGUGA